AGAAAGCAGAGGAAAGCCAAACAACAAAAGCAGCGUUUUCUACAGCUCCAACACUGCCCUCAGAAACAGCCAGACAUUUUUAUUUUCCGUUGCGUUCACGUCCCCAGCUAUUCUUGCCAAUUCGACUCUGCCUGACGCUUUUAUUCCAACAUUUCACACUCUUUGAUGCUCUUAUUCAUGCCAACUAUAUGAUAUCCAACAAUUGGCUUAUUUCUUUGGCAAUAAUUUUGAGAAAAAUAUAACAGUAACAGUGUAGCAGUGGUAUAGUGGUAUUUUCCAAUCAUGCUUUGGUCCUUUAUUGUCAUAUUGUUGGCUAUUUUUUGGUUGAUUUAUCGUUCCUAUACUUUGUUGAAUACUCCAAUUAUAGACUUGAUUCAAAUUUUAAAUAUUGAUAUUCCCAAGGCUCCAAAGGUUUCAAUUGAUAAAAUCACUUCAUCCAAGGUCCACCUUCACUGGUCAAUUCCAAAUAACGUAAUAACGACAACAACCACCACCACUCCUGCAAAUCCCUCAAACUCAAUAAUAACUUCAAAUUCAAAUUCAGCUGUGAACAUAAAUGCAAAUGCAAACACAACUUCAUCAGCAAAUAUAAAUUCAAACAACAACAGCACUAAUUCCAGUUCUAAUCUUGAUUCAAUUAUAAAUAAUCUACAAAAUAAAAACUCUUACUAUGUUUAUCUAAAUGGCAUCUUGGUUUACAAACUAAAUUCAAACCAAACAGAUUGCAUCUUAUCAAAUUUGCAAUCAAAUUUUCAUUACCAAAUUGAUAUAAUAUCAAUUUCUCCAUCAAACUUCAAAUCUAGAAGUUUCCCUGUUUAUGUCAAAACAAGAAAUUCUGAUAAUGAAAAUAUUUAUCUAACUGAUAUUAAAAAUGACAAUACCAACAAUACAACUAAUAACAACAACAGCCUUCUUAACAAUCCAAGUUUAAAUUUAAAUGCUAACUCAAUAAAUAACCUAGACUUUGUUAACUUGUUCAAUAAUUUCAACUCGAAUAGUAAUGAGCUAUCUCUUGCAAUGUCAAAUCCCAUUCUACAAAACCCAGACAACAUAUUAGACUAUCUUACGAACAAUAAUGGUAACCUAAUCAAACAUAGAAGAACAUUCAACCUGGGCAAUUCAAGGUCAAGAUCAAAUACCCUAAAGAACUCAAAUCCAAACGAUAAUAAUAACGAGUUUGAAAUUACAGAUUUAGAAGAACUAAAAGCUCAAUUAAUGAAUAGACAAGAUCAAUUGGCUAUAAUUUAUGAUCAACUAAAAUCUGUGAAUGAUGACUACAAUGAAAAGAAAUCAAUCCUUAUUGAUGAAAGAGAAUCGUUGAAAAAACGUAAAAAAUUGGAAGACGACCAGCGAAAUCAACUAAGAGCUACUUUUAAUUCUUUGGAAGACUCUCAACGAAAAAAAAGAAUUCAUAUAGAGAAAUUGAGAAAUUCAAUUGCAAAAAAAUUAAACUACAUUGAAAAAAUGGAAAAUGAUAUCCAAAAUUGGGCUGAAAAAUUAGUUCAAUUUAAGGAUUUUGAAAAAUCUAUUCUUUCAAGUAAACCAAAUCUAAUUUCAGAUUUGAAUUUCAAAAUAACAGAUUUAAAAUUAUCAAUCCUAAAUACUAAAAACGAUAUUUCUACUAUAGACUCUGAAAAUAAAAAAAUCUUACAAAACAAAAAAAAACUAGAUUUAAAUAAAGAUAGAUAUUUUGAAAUAUUUGAUAAAUUAAAUCAAAAGGAGAAAAAAUCAGGAUAUUUAAAUGAAAAGCUAAUGAAACAGUUAGGCGAAUUAAAUCCAGAUUUUGAAAAGGAAAUAACUGACAAUUUUAAUCUUGACUUAAAACUUGAAGGUGAAUGGAGAGCUAAAGAACAAUCUACUCGAAUCGGCUCAAAGAAAACUUACGAAAAGCAUGAUAAAAUCAAAAAAGAAUUGGAGUUAUUGGAAUUUAAUCUUCAAAAUCAUACAAAUAUUAUCAAUGUUAACGAUAUUAAUGAAUCAAUUAUUAACAAUAAAAAAAAUAUCAGUAGAAAGAAGAGUGCUAACAUUCUUAUUUCAAACAACAAUAUCAUCAUAACCCCCAACAAUGAUACAAAUGUUAUCAACACUAACACUAACAAUAUCAAUGGUAUCGUUCAUAGUAAUAGCUUCAAUAAUAUAAAUUCUAUAAACAACCCAAAUGGAAUGAGUAGCACCAAUAGCAUGAAUGGUCUCAACAAUCUUACCAAUAUUGGCAAUAUCAAUAGUAUCAGUAAUCUCAUUACUAACAACAAUCUCAAUAAUAUCAAUAACAACAACCUUAAUAAUAUCAAUAAUAAUAACAAUAUUAACAAUCUUAAUAAUAUGGGAAGUAUAGGAAAUAUGAAUACUAUCAGCAAUUUAAGUACUAUCAAUAGUAUAAACAGUAUCAAUAGCAUCAAUAAUAUGAAUAGCAUCAACAAUAUCAACAACAUUACUAAUAUAAGCAAUAUUAAUAACUUGAAUAAUCUAAAUAAUCUAAACAGCAUCAAUGCAAUAUCAAAUGUCAAUAAUAUUAACAAUGCUAAUAACAGUUUUACUCAUAACAUUAAUGAUAUUCAAAACUUGCAAAACUUAAACCACAACACUCUUCAAAACUCUGGAAAUUUGAACUUGGGCAAUAGUUUUUCAGUAAACCACAAUUUUAAUAAUAGUAUUAAUAAUAGUAUUAAUAAUAAUAUUAAUAUUAAAAAUGAUGAAAUCACCAACUCUGAUAGUAUAGGAAACAUAAGUGGUUUAAACGGUAUUAACAAUAAUAAUAUUAAUAAUUUCAACAGUUUUAACAACACCAAUCAUUUAAUAAAUUCUAACAGUUUCAAUUCUAUUAAAAAUUUAAAUAAUAACAAUAAUAACAAUGUCAUGUCUAAUAUGAACAAUAAUGAAAUUUCUUCUGGCAUAAAUAAAAAUAUUCCUCUUUCUUUUAAUAUCACUCCUCCAUUAAAUAAUGAUCAGAAACUUAGUUAUAAUUCUAAUCAACAAAUCAACCAAAAUUCAUAUUUUUCACCUUUUCAACAAACUAAUAACCAAAAUCAAAUUCAACCAAACCUUAAUUUUAACCAAAACAAUCAGCCAUUUAAUUAUUCUUCUAAAUCGAAUAACUUAACUACAGGAAGUAGUAGUGCCCAGUCUUCUAACAAACCAUCUCCUGAUAGCACCAAACCUGAUUUGGUAAUCAAUGUAAAUAAACUGCUUUUAUCUAAUCAGUUGCAACAAGAGUCUGUUCACUCACCAACUGUUAACAUGAUGUUACCUUCAAGUAUUAUUGAAGCUGAAGAGCUAAAUGAAGGUCUAAUUUCAAGUAUGAAAGAGUAUAGAAUUAACACGAUGAAAGCAGAAGAUUUGAGUUUUAACUUUGAUGAUAGUAUUUCCCAGCAUCAUUUUGCUAACACUGGAACUCCAUUGCACAGAAUAAACUCCAAGCUUUCAUUGUUUAAUAGCAACAAUAAUAAAAACAACAACAACAACAAUAAUAAUAAUAAUAAUAAUAAUAACUCGCCUUUGUUAGCAAAUACAUCUUUAUUGGGAUUGAACUCUUUUGAUAACGCGAAUGUUGCCCCUUCUGUAAGAAGUAUUUUCAGUGGUCGUAACAACAGCAUCAGCCAACAAGGCCACUCUAUAUCUGCAUCAAUUCUUCCUGAAACAGCUGGAUCUCCUUCAAGACCAUCACUUGGUUAUGAAUCUCAUAAUUAUAUUAACCCAAUAUUAUCACAUAGCAGCGCUAUUUCGGGUCCUAAUCUAUUGACAGACAAACUCUCCUACACUUCCUUGAAUCCAGUGACCUCUUCAUCAUUGUUAGGAUCAUUAUCAAACGAUCCCCAAGAACAAGAGCUGCAGUCUCAAACUCAUCAAUCCAUAUCUGCUGUACUUUCUCCCAAAAAACUUUCUAAUGUUUUUAAUUUUGGGAGAGGAAACAAACUUGAUGAACAUAAAGACGAUACCAACUCUCAUUUAUUACUUAAUCAUAAUAUUAAUGACAAUACAACCCGUGGGAGCAGGUUUUUCAAAUUUGACAAAAAGCAUAAACCACAACAAAGUUCUCUUGAUAGUAUCGAUCAUAGUGGAAAAGCUGGCUCUUUUAAUGGUUUUUUUGGUAGCACAAUUUCACCUCCUUUUAAUGCCAACUCAAUAAAUGGUGAUUCUAAGUCGAAUUUACUUCAACCAUUUGGUAACGAUUUACCUGUGCCUCAACUUAAUUAUAAUAGAAAUAGGACUGAUAGUGUUGGGAGUGCUUUUAGUAAUCCUGCUUCAUUCAGCUCAGCAAAACAGUUCAACUUCAACAGUAUUUUAGACCCUUGGAGCAACAACUUUGCUGGAAACAACUCGAGUCAUAAUGCUAAUAACAAUAACAAUAACAAUAAUAAUAUGAUGGGAAAUUCACCUACUAUUGGUGGAAAAACAAAUUUAAAUAAUAACUUUGACGUUCAAAGCAACUAUUCAAUUCAAACAGGAUCAAUCUUAAAUAACUUAACUACAAGCAGUUCUAUCCCAGAUAAACCGAUUGAUUGGACCAACUUUCAUUUAAAUGAUGACCAAUUGAGUUUAAAACUUUCUAAAAAUAGUUAUACAUCGACACCUUUGAUUCAAACCCAAAAUAAUGAUCAGAGCUCAAUUCAUAGUUUGGGGGCUUUAAAUAUCAACCUUAACAAUGGUUUUGGAAAUAAUUUUGGAAAUAAUAUUAACAAAAACUUGAAUAUUGGUGGAAUGAAAAAUAUUGGCGGUUUUGCUAAUAUAAACAGCAACAUGAAUAUAAAUAACAACAUGAAUAUAAAUAACAAUCUAAACUUAAGUUCUAUAAACAGUUUAGGUGGGUUCAAUUCGAACUCUAAUAACUUGAAAGUUCCCGGAUAUCAUGGUUUUAAUCCAAGCAACCCAGGUAAUAAUCUUGAUGCUAGUGCGUUUGAAGCCAAAGAAUCAGACACUUCAAUGAAUAAGACUUUAGAUAAAGCACCAAGUAUUGCAUUUUCUUCUACUUCAGAUUCGCAAAGUCUACAUACAGGUUCUUCUCAUCAUAAUUCCAAACUUCUUACUAAACUGCUAGAAUCAAAAGACUCUUCAUCUAGCAUUAAUGUAAAUCAUGCCAUUGGUUCAGAUGCAGGUCACUCUCCGACAGUUUCAUCAUCUCCAUCAUUUUUUCGAAAAAAGUUUUUGUUUGGUGGAAGUAAUAAUAAUAACAACUCUGGAGGUAGUUCUCCAAUGAAAGUGGGAUUGAAUACAUUAAAUGUUUUGAGCGGUACGAUAAAUGAUAAGGAUGUUAGGCCAUUAUCUCCAACAAAGUUGUCAACAGUUGCUAGCAAAAAUUCUGAUGGUGAACCAAACUCUGAGAAAAGUGCAGAUGUACCAGAAAAAUUGGUUUUAUCAAAAACUUCGAAAUACUUCUCCAAAGGAAUGAGAAACUUAAGUAUUUCAAGAAGAUCAAUAUCUACAAAUCAUCCAAGAGCAGUGACUCCAUCUAGUUUUACUGUUUACUCGGUCUCGCCUGCAAAUAUUAAUUUAGAAACUAAUCAUAGCAAUAAAAGCAAUAGUGAGGUUAGCAAGUCUAACGAAAGUAAUAAUUCAAAGGAAGUAGAAAAAGAAGAAAAACCCAGUAAAGCGGAAAAAGUGGAAAAAAAUAAAAAAAAUGAAGAAUCAGGAGCAAAAUCACUUGUGAAAAGACUAUCGUUUUUUGGAAACAAUAAAAGUAAGGAAGAGUCAUUAGUAGUUAUGGAUACAGAAAUUGAAUAUGAAGCUGAGAAAGAAGGAAAAUAACUAGGGCCAGAAUAGUUUCAGAAGAAUUAAGUGUUAAUAUCUGUUUUGAUUAUUUUAUAAACAUAUUUUAAGAUGAAAAAUUUAAAAACAGAGAGGGAAUUUAAUAUCUUAAAGCUUUUUAUUAAGAUUCCUAAAUGAAAAAUGUCUUUUUUUUUAAUUAUAAAAACAACUUUUUUUCUUUUUCAUAAACUUUUUUUUAAUCAGAUCUUUUUUGGUACAAAAAAGAAACAUUCAAUUCUUG